AAAGCAACAUGGCUGCCUACUGUACGUUAGUACGUAUUGGAAAUACAAGGGUGGUGGAAACCAUUCGGGAUGAAGAUUGUUCAGCUGCACUGUCAUGCAAAGACGAGUGGAACAUUCGAAUACUUAGUGUGUAACGCAUCAGUCUUCUGAGUCGAUAUAAUGGCUACAGUUGAUCUGGCCUGUGUCGCAAAAGACUGUGGAUAUGACAUUCCACCCUCACCGACGAGCGAUACAGUGUCAGAGGAUUUAAUCAUCAGCGAUCUCCCAGAUGCAACGUGUGCGAGCGACGUGAUCAAAGUUGAAGAAGUUAAAAACUCCUCACCAGCUUUGAGCGGCAGUGAAUCGAUCACAGCCGAUAUGACUUCUACGUGCGAGAACCUCAGCUCUGUUUCGCCCACUCACCGGACGAACGUAGAAGCAGACGCUUGCGACGACGUGCCCUUGGAAACACAGUGCAGCAUCCUAGAAGGACUUCUUAGGCGUGCAAGUACGUCGCACAAAUGCGGACUCUGUCCGGCUUCGUUUGACCGGCCUGCCGACUUGGAAUGCCACGUGCAGACCCAUUCUCCCUGCGAAAGGCCGUACGGAUGUAACCUAUGCCCCGCCAUGCUCCUGACGUCCGGCGGUCUCCGACGUCACAUGUUCAGCGCCCAUUCCGCGGAGAAGCCGCAUAAAUGCGAACUCUGUCCCUCGUCGUUCACCAGGCUGCAGAGCCUCAAGGCCCACACGCGGAUACACACGGGAGAACGGCUGCACAAGUGCGAGGUCUGCCCCGCCACGUUCGUCGAGCGCCGCCGUCUGAAGCAGCACAUGUGCGGGCACCCCGGCGAGAGGCCGCACAGGUGCCAGACUUGCUCCGCCGCGUUCCGCCUGCGCUCGACGCUCGAGGCACACGUGCGCCGGCACAGCGGGGAGAAGCCGUACAAGUGCCCGGAGUGUCCCGGCGCGUUCUCCAGCCUUCACGUCCUCAAGUGUCACAUGCACCGGCACUCCGGCGAGAAGCCGUACAAGUGCCAACUGUGUCCCGCCGCGUUCCGCUGGGCCCACAUCCUGAAACGUCACGUGCGGACGCAUUCCGGCGAAAAGCCGUACAAGUGCGAGCGGUGUCCCGCCGCUUUCUCCCUUUCCAGCGGCCUCAAGCACCACAUGCGCAAGCACACCGGCGAGAAGCCGUACAAGUGCCAGCUCUGCCCGUCCGCCUUCACGGAGCGCCAUUUUCUCAAACGGCACGUCCUGACGCACACGGGCGAACGGCCGCACGGGUGCGAACUCUGCCCGGCCACGUUUGCGGAACGUGCCAAACUGAAGCGCCACAUGCGAAUACACACGGGCGAGAAGCAGUACAAGUGCUCUCACUGUGUCGCUUCGUUCAGUCAGUGUCGUCAUUUAAAAGAUCACGUGCGUACGCAUUCCGGGGAAUAAGUGCAUGACCCUUCGGUGGACCCUUCUUUAUUUAUUGCGGGAUAAGAUUUCCUACCCACGUGUUCGUGUGGACACCGGAAACUGCGUGUGUGCGUGUAGCCAUGUGCAUGUUUGUUUCCUGAGUUGUACUAGCUGCGUGUCACAGCCUUGUCCAAAUAUACUUGUGCAGUCGAACCCGUGCAUAUCGAACUUGAAGGGGAUGGCAUAAUAGUUCAAUAUAUUAAUAAUAUAUUGAUAUAUUAUAUAUAUAUAUUAUAUUAAUAAUAUGUAAUAUAUAUAUCAAUAUAUUAAGAAUUAGAUGUAUCAGAUCUGCGUAUAUUAGCGGUGACUGAAGCACCUGCGCACAAUCAUGACAGAUGACAAAAGUAGUGAAAAUAUGAUACACACUUAUUUAACAGCAAAAAAGACCUGCGACCUUAGCUUGCAUCUUGUUGUGGGCCAUGAAGUGCAGCACACGUGGUUCAGUCUUAUCAAGAUCUAUGUUUGUAAGGCCGAAGCCUUCCAUUGGUACACAGCGGCGACGAAUACCUUGGAACGCUGAUAUCAGUUCAGUGGCUGUCAGCGGCGGUUGAGAUUCCUCAUCGUAGUCGGCCCUUAGUCCACCACAACGGUGUUCCGAGGUACAGAAGUUCUAUAAAACCGUAUUUCUGUGCUACAUGCUUUUGUGUGUAAUUUUCUAGGGGAUAUUUUGAUUGUUCGAUAUAGGGAAUAAAUCAAAAUUAUGCGGCUUCGAAGUAUGCGGGUUCGACUGUACAUCGUGAAUGGCA